AUGAUUAUCACACGUCUUAUCUCCUUGACAAACUUUGCCGUCGCCUCUUCCGCGCUUGGCUUCCAGGUCUUCGUCCUGUACCCAUGGCACAUCCAGCUGGACAACUCGUUUGAGGAACUCAAGAAGGAACAUCUCAGGGUUCUGGAGGCGGUUAGGGAGGUCGCGAAGGAGGUUGAUCCGGAUUCAAGGAAAGGAAUGGCCGACUCUAUCUUGGGACGCUUGGGAAUGAGCGCUUUCAGUGUCAAAAGUUUGUUUUUGCCUAAACCAGAAUCCCCCGUUACUCUCAGUGGUUUCGACAACAGUAAUCCUGUAAAAUAUGUCUCAGACGGCGUCGCCAAUAUCCCCCCUGUGUCGAUAAGUUCGGGGAUGAAAGUUUCCGAGAUCGCAAGAUACGCCUUCUCGGGAGCUAUCUGCUGUUCAUUCACUCAUGCCAUACUGACUCCAGUCGAUGUUGUCAAAACCCGUGUUCAGCUCGAACCAGUUAAAUAUAAUAGAGGCCUAGCCGGUGGGAUGCGCCAGAUCAUCGCCAACGACCGCGCCGGAGCACUGUUGACAGGAUUCGGACCGACGGUAACGGGAUAUUUCCUGCAAGGAGCGUUCAAAUUUGGCGGUUACGAAUUCUUCAAAAGGCAAGCCAAUGACUUUCUAGGACCGGAGAAAGCAGCUGCAAACCGUAACGCCGUGUACCUCGCCUCCUCUGCCGCCGCUGAAUUCCUUGGUGACAUUCUGCUUUGUCCAUUCGAGGCUGUUCGCAUUAGACUAGUAUCGCAACCCUCGUUCGCUCCCAACAUGUUGUCCGCAUUCGGUAAGGUGGCUAGCCACGAGGGAAUGGCCGGCCUUUACUCCGGAUUCACGCCGAUAGUAUUGAAACAGGUUCCGUACACGAUGGCCACGUUUGUGGUGUACGAAAAGGCCCUCGAGGUAGCGCAUUCCUUGAUCAGCAAAGAAACAGCAUCCAACACAACACUUUCGGGAGUAAACCUCGGUUGCGGUCUCAUUGCCGGAAUGGCAGCUGCGAUUGUUUCUCAGCCUGCGGAUACAGUGUUGAGUAAGAUAAACAAGGAAAAGGGUCAACCUGGCGAAGGAACUGCUCGACGCAUCAUUAACAUCGUCAGCCAGCUUGGCUUACGCGGAAGCUACGCUGGUAUUGGACCGCGCCUAGUCAUGGUGGGAGGUAUGACAGCCGUUCAGUUCGGAAUCUACGGCCAUAUCCAGAGAGCUUUGGGCGCGACCAAGAGUACUACCGAAGUUAAGCAGGAGAAACCUAAGGUUAUGGAAGUCGUCAACUUCUCGCAAACCGCAAAGUAUUAA